UGAGGCUAUGCUGAUAAGUCUCAUAUUGUUCACAUAAGAUGCAGACGACAAACGUCCCAUUUGGGACAGUUUGGAAGUUUCCAUCUCUUGGACUAUUAUAUUUGCAUCUCCAAGUUCUUUCCCCACUUCGUUAGGAGGCCUAAAAAUAGAACGAACAUGCAAAGCACAAUGUCUUCGGCGCACGAUGCAGGACUCUGGGCUAUUGGUACACCGGCUGGAUCUCCAUUGAACCCUGAUCGAGUGGGAGAGCUGGCCGACUGCAUAGAUACGAUGCAACGUGUACAAAAACUUGCAGAGGGAGAAAUUGAAACCCUCAAAGGGCUGCUGCAAAAGGACGUCCAAAAUAUCUUCGUCAACGCAGAAGUCCUUGGAGAUCGCCAGUCGCAAUGGUACGGGUUCGACUGCGGUCGCAUCGACAGACGCCUAGAGUGGUUUCAAGAAGAGUUUGGCCUCACCUUUACCCAGGAUAUGACAAAACUGGCGCAUUUACUGAGAGAAUUCAUUGAGUUUUGGGACUUGGAAACAGAAGCUAGAGUUUCGGAUGCCGGAAAAUCGUUCGUUGCGAACGUACAUAAAGUCUGGCGGGCAGUAGAGAUGUCCCUUGAGAUUAAAGAUUCAGAAGGACCGUACCGUGUGGAAGUCGUGACCGAGUGCAAGUCACACUUGUUCAGCCUGGAAGCAGAGAUCUGUACAAUGGAAAGUUGCAUCAUAGAGGUGUGGUGUCACUCAAGGCGCAUCGAGGGACGUUUUCAAAGAUGGUUUGAAAUAAGCUCCGCUACAUGCUCUUUGGAGCCUCCACCACACAAAAAGGCUCUGCCAACGAAUGGCACCUCGCGGGAUAGUACGCCGGUGCCGGUAGCCACGCCUCAAUACCUAGACUCAGAGAGGUGUUGUCAGACGGAUCGCAAUGCCCAUAGAGAACGAUGCUUGUUACUGUGGAUGGAGAUAUGCCUAGUGGCAGUGUGUCUGAUCGUUGCGGUGGUGUACACUGCUCGGAAGCAUGACGCGCAGACGGGGUUUACCAUUGCCGGGGUGUUGCUGGCGGCAGGAAAUAUUCCUUUGGCCGCGAUCGCGUAUCGUUGGGGAAGGAGAACAAAGAAGAUCGCGCUGGAAUAAUCGAACUCGGUUGAGAAAGACUAAAAUGAGUGAGAUCAAGAGCCAAAGACGCUGUUACAUGAACAUAUGCUUGUGAAGACAGAGCAUGCGCGAUAUACAAACGCUCAAGGCGAGCACUAUUGGGUGGAGUCCAUGUUUUUUUAUUCAGUUGAACAAUAACUGAUACAACGGCUGAAGACCUGUCUUGCUACAUAAAAUUUACCAUGUCGAUGUGUGUUGGGAACGCUCAGGUGCUAUUUGUUUAGUAUACGUUGCUUUUGAAUC